AUGAAUGCCUCGUCGAAGUCGAUGAGAAUCGGCUUUCCAAAUGGAAGCCCUGGGGUUGGGGACCCUGGGAUGCCGUCCCCGGUUCUCCCCCUGUGUCAAACCGCGUCGCACGCCCUCGGAAAUGCCCGCAGCCAAGCAAGCGAAGGACGCACUGACGGUGCGAGCGACCGGAGCAUUUCUGAACUCGAGAAAGAGAGUUGUCAACGAGGACACCGUCUCGAAGCCAGAGAGGCUUCGGAAAUCCUCGCUGCCGAGUCUGCUCAAGAGGAACAUCGUUCCUGCGCGAGAAAACCUCGCGCAUCCCGCGUCGAGGUGGACACUUUGGCAGAGUCGCCCGAAAGGCCCAGCCAGGCGUAUGUCCCGACGGAGAGUCUGGGUCUCGGUCCGCGGCGGACUGUGCCGCUUUGUUCUGCUGGUUCGUCCGCUUCUGCAGGGAGUUGGAUUUCUUCCGGGGACAGCGUCCGCGAAGAAACUCGACAGAUCCGAGGCAGGGACGCCGCCAACAAAUGCUCGACCGCAGAACUUUCCGUCAGUGUGGAGCGGUCGUGCGGCCACCACGAGGGCACUGACACCGCAACUCAGUGUGUGGCUGCUCGGCCGGAGGCUCUCUGCGCGGCGUUCCUUCCCGCUCCGUCGCCGGGCGUAUCCGUGGACUCCGCUGCCGCGGCAGUCGGGCCGCACUGCGCUGCAGAAGUUCCUGUUGGUGCCGACCGCCGGCGGCGACUGUUCGCAGCGCCUUUCUCCGCGCUCCCGCAGACAGACGCAUGCUCGCGGGGCUCCGCCACACCCCCGUCGCUGUUCAGCCGCCAGCCGUUCGACACUGUUCGGUCCAGCUCUUCGCUGCGAGACGGCGGGAACGCGUGGACGAGGCUUCUCGACGGCUGCUCCGCGCACCCGACGAGCAGCUCGUCGUCGGUUUCCCCGCCGGUCUUGGGGAGCAUCCGGACGCUGCAGCAGUCGCUUCCGAGCAGCGACGACGACACGACGUCCGCUCGCACAGAUACGAGCCUCACGCCCGCCAAGCAGGUCUGGCUGCUCCCGCUCCACGGGCACUCGCUGUCGCAGAGCAGCAGUUCUUCGUUCCGGGAGUUCCGCGUGACGCUCGGCAGUUUGACUGGCUUCCGGUCCUCGGACUCGCGGACGAGUGCGAGCGGCAGCGAGCGGCGGCGGUCGAAGUCCCGCGGGAAGCCUCAGGGACGCAGCGGAAGCCUCGGCCGAGACAAUCGGCGGAAGUCGGAGCUCUCGGGCCGAGACGAAAGCCUGUCGUGGAUUGCCAGGCGUUGGUGGACUCGCGACGAGGACUCGAGGUGGAGUGACAGCCGAGUCCGCGGCAGCGUGGCUCUCCGAGCUGAGUCCACCUCGGAUUCCCGCUGCGAGAAUAACAGCUGUGCGACUUGGCUUUGCCGGGUCGUCAGACGCCUGCCCGUCGCCCCCGCCCAGACGUUCUGCGACGAAGACGAGAAACGAUACACAGAAGGCGUCCUCCGCUUCUCCCGGCGCCGCACAAUCCCGGUGGCCGUCGCGGUAGUGAUCGUCUCUUUCCUCUACACCGUACCAUUCGUCCUCCACGCCUUGCAGGAGUUCGUCCAGACGCCGUCAGCAGACAGGAAGGUCUUUGUAUUCUUCUCGUCGCGGGCGCCGCCGCGGAGUCCAGUCGCGGCCGGCGCAGCGCACGACGCACAGCUCGAUGUCUCCGCGGCUGACUCGGCUCUGCAGGACGUCGGUGGCAAGGACGCGUUCUUUGUGGUUGCGAGCCUGGUCUUUUGGCUGCUUUCUCUGGCCUCGGUUCUCGUGUUUGCCUUCUUCGCAGUCUUCGGCGCAUUAUUCGUCCGGAUCGAAAAGAUUCUCUGCGUGCUGACGGCAGUGAAUUUCUCUGCUCUCGCCCUCGCCGAGUGCUUCCAGGCGCUGCGCAUCUCCUCCUGUCCACCCUCGCUCUUUCCGGAGCAGGCAGCCGCAGAAGGAGGUUCCGACGCCGACCGUUGCGCCCAAGUUCACUCAGGGCUCACCCCCGAGUUGCUCAUCAUUCAGACCUUCUUUCUGAUCGUCCUCGACUUUGGCUUUUGCGUCCGCCUCCGGAUCUCUCAGUGGCUGCACCUCUGCGCCGUGUCGCUGCUUCUCUCGCUCGCCUUCGUGUACUCGAUCCUCCUGCCGCUCCCCGCGUACCUCAUCGCCUCGCUCUGGGGACAGGCCGUGAUCGGCGGCUUCGUCCUCGGGAGUCUCCACCUCGCGGCGCUCACCCUCGAGACAGAGAGAAGAAGAGUUUUUUUGCACUUCGAGGUGGCCAAGGCCCGGGUCGCUGAGCUUCAGGAGCGCGCUCAAACCGACAAACACCAUGGAAAAGUCGCCGUCUUCGGACUCAUCCACACCCUGAAGCAGAUGGACGCCUGCAUGAACGAACUGCAGAACCUCGCUCCCGAAGCCGCGGACGUCUUGUUUCAGCUGGAUGCCCUCCGGGUCCAGUGUCUAGACAUCGCGACAAGCUCCGAAAACUUCUACGCAGUCAAUAUGAACGCGCUGCCGACGGACGUUCGCGAUCUCCUGCAGCUCGAAACUAGAAACGCCUUCGAUGGAACCACGUUCAGAGACACUCAAGUUCUCCUGAGAGACAGCCUCUCUCCAAGAAAAGGAGUUCUUCUCGACUUGUCUCUCGGGCCAGCGUGCGGUGGAGUUUCGAGGGAACGUCGAGCGUCCUGCUCGGCAGCUGUCUCUUCUACCUCGAGCAGAGAGUCGGACCGAAGGGAGGCCAUCGCGAGGGAUCCGGACCUCACUGAGACAGAGAGAAGAGACGCGGAGAGGCGAGGGAUGGAGAGGAAGGCUACCGACGACCGGCAGAAGAAGGCGAGGUUUCUGGUAGUUCCACAACUCGUGGAGCACGAGCUUCUUUGCCACGUUGGAAUCCUCUGGUCACUCGACCUUUUUAAACUCGACAAGGAAUGCAACGGAAACGCUCUCCUCCACGUGGGCUAUCAGCUCCUGGCUCCUUUGCUGGCUGCCGGAUACUUGACCUGCUCGCGCGAAGUUGUCCUUGAUUUCCUCUACUCGCUCCAGUGUCUGUACAUAGACACACCGUACCACAACCAGCUCCACGCGGCUUCUGUCGCACAUUUGGCAUUCUCGAUUUGUCACUUUCUGGACUUGUUUGCGCCUCUGGAGAACGCGCCGGGGGACGCCGCCGCCUCUCAGCCUGUGUUUGCUCAGUACCUCUCUCUCGCUAUCGCCGCUCUCGGCCACGACGCGGGACAUCCAGGGAGGAGUAAUGCGUUCCUAGUGCAGACGUCGUCGACACUCUCUGUGGUGUACAACGAUCGGUCGAUUCUGGAGAACUACCACGCGUGUUUGACGUUUUAUACACUCUCGCACCGCAAGUCAAACAUUUUUCGCGGGAAGACAGUAACGCAGUACAGAGACGUCCGCAAGAAGGCGAUUGAGCUGAUUCUCUCGACAGAUAUGAGUCUGCACUUUGAGUUUCUGACGCGGGUGGCGGCGCGCCGCGAGAAUCCCGACUUCAACUUCGUCGACCGAGAGGAAGAUCGAGCUCUCGUUCUUUCCCUGGCGAUCAAGGUGGCGGAUCUGGGGCACUGUGCACUCGACUGGGAGGCGCAUACACUCUGGUCGGCCAGACUGAAGGAGGAGUUCCUCGCGCAAGGCGACGAAGAACUCCGACUUGGGCUCCCCGUAUCGCCGCUGUGCGACAGGACCCAGCAGGGUCAGCUGGCAAGGAGUCAGGCAAACUUCAUCGAGUUUCUGUUCCUCCCUCUCGCGCAACACCUCGCGGCCGUGGCGCCCGACGACCGAUUCGAGGCGACGGUCGUCACGCGCGCGCGACAGAACAUCUCGAUGUGGGAAGGGGCGCAAGACGAAGUCGACCAGGCAAGCGCAAAGUAA